UUGCUUGGCAAGCAUUUGUCGUAGUGCCUUAUCCCAGCCUGUCGCCUGACUUGAUGAUGUUCGGCAACGUCGAGCGCGAAAUGUUCGCCCGGUGUGAGUUCGCCAAGUGCGAAUCCAUCUUCGAGCGCGAAGAGACUUCAACGAACAGCUGCAAGCAACACGAGGAUUCCAGCGAUGGUGAGACGACGACGUCUUCCGCGCGAGGUUCCACCUGCACCAGCCCUUCCAGUCAGGCUCAGGCGGACGACGGAGGCGAGUGCGUGGUGGUUGUGAAGUCCACUUUCAUUGACGUGGACGAUGGCAAGCGACGCAUCAAGCAGGCAAGCCGCUCCUUCACGGAGCCGGCCGUAGCUGUUCACCCCAUUGAGACGGGCCCACCCAGUUACGAGCCAGGGAAGUUCAGUGAUGAGCAGGCGGAGGCGGAAGAGAGGGAGCGCAUUGAGCAGGAACUCGACACGCAGGGUCGAACCACCGUGAUGAUGAGGAACCUGCCGAACAACUACACCAGGGACAUGUUCCUGAACAUGCUCAACUCCAACGGCUUCGAGGCUCGCUACGACUUCAUCUAUUUGCCCUUCGACUUUGGCCGCUACGCCAACUUGGGCUAUGCCUUUGUGAACCUGGUCGACGACAAGGCGGUGCGUCAGUUCUGGCGGGUCUUCCAGGGCUUUACGGACUGGGUGCUGCCCACGGCCAAGGUGUGCGCGGUCACCUGGAGCAGCCCACACCAGGGGCUCGAGGCCCACGUGGAGCGGUACCGCAACAGCCCGGUGAUGCACAAGAGCGUGCCUUCCGAGUACAAGCCCUUGAUUUUCAAGGAGGGCAAUUCCGUGGAGUUUCCUUCUCCCACCAGGAGGCUGAAGACGCCAUGCCGAGUGAUGGUUCUGGGCUGAGGACGCCAAUGGAGUCCCCCUGCGGGGGAUCUGCUGGUGGCCUAUAUGGUCUCCUACCGGGCUAAAAGGACUGCACAGUGUCCGCCGGCCCGGUUUUUUCGGUUCCAAGUUCGGGAGAACCAGGUCUUAACAUCCAUUGACUCAUUGACA